AAGACUAUAGAGAAAACCGAAUGCCAAGCAACUGUGGUUGUGUACAAUAUGGCGAUGCAGGGGUCGGCGAAUUUGAACUUAAAUAUCGUGAAUUAACACUUAAAAAGUCUGGAUAAUGUAAAAUUUGUCUGUGCGGUUUUCGGAAAAUAAUUGCGAAUGUUUGGCUAAUGUUUUAAACCUUCAAUCAUAUCUAAUUGAUAUUUGUGAUAUUGAUAAGUGUCAAAAUUAAAUAUCUUGGAGUUUAAUCAUUCACACCUCUAAAACUUAAAGAUGACAGCAGCUUUAUAUGCACUAGAUCCUUACAGGAAGAAUGCUUAUUCAGACCAUGUAUCAUUUGAUAUUGAAUACAAGACGCCUUAUGCAUCAAAGAUUCAAGUUGGGAUUGAAAAUACUGAGAGAGCAGUAGAAGAAUACAAUCCAGAAGUCAGCUUACAGAAAACUCCAACACAAACAUGGGAAAUGGAUGUCAGAUCUCUCGUCAAUUCCAAGAAAUGGAUCUCCCAGUACGGGUUACGGAGGAGUAAAUUAACGCUGUAUCAGGUCCUACCAGUUAUAGGGUUCAAAGUUAGUGAUGAUUUCGAUAGAUCACUAAAAAGACCAAUCAGUUCCAGGUAUGCAGAUGGCCUUUUCCAUCAGAUAUUAAGACCUGAUGGUAAAACCUUUAAUAUAACGUGCAGUAGAGAACAGUUACGACAGAUUGAGGCUCGUCUUAAUCAGUCAUUGCUUUUGUUCAAACGAAGACUAGAAUGGCUGACAACAGAAAGUAGGCGUUUGUUUGGUGUAAUAGAAGAGAAAGCAUUGACCAUUGUCCUUGAUAUAAGAAAUAUGUCUCCCAUCCACUUUGACCAAUACAGAAUGGCUUUAGAGAGAGUGAUUUACGAACAACUAACUCAAGUUGUCAAGUUUAAUUUGAUUAGGUCCACAGAUGAUAUAGAGAAAUACCAACCAGAAUGUGUUCCUGUGACACAUGAUACAAUACAAGGUGCUGUUGACUGGGUCUGGGGACUAGAUAGAUUAGCACCAGUGGCCAAAACAUCAACUUGUGAAGCUAUUGUAAAGGCUUCUAUGGACCCUAAUAAUGAGGCUAUUUAUCUAUUCACUGAAGGGACUGCUAUAGAAACAUGUAAAGAAAUAUUAAAAGAAAAGGUGAGAAAAAUACACCACAAAGUGCCUGUCCACACUGUGGCCUUCAACUGUGAUGACUCAGCUACUGUAAGAUUCCUUAAAGAUUUUGCUGAUAGAACUUGUGCCAAAUUUCAUGCUUACUCUGUGAUAAUGGAGAUGGAUAGUUAUGAAUCCUCCCCUAUUGACCCUCGUAACAAUAGAGCUAACAUAGUGCUGAAGAAACGUACCUAUGGCGGAGUUCCCCCUGGGGCAGGGAUGAGAGAAGAUGUAGCUUUAUUGUUUGAGGAGAUAGAAGAAACAAGGAACACUAUUGCUCAAGUACAAGCUAUCAUGGCAGAAGUGCCUGAACCUAAAGUUAUUGUUGAAUCCGUGAUAGAUAAGACAGACCUGAGUGAAAGAGAUGAACAGUACAUGGGAACAAAGCAAUGGUUGAACAUUUAUGGACUUGGUGCUCGAAGACUAGAAUUAUGGGAUGUAUUAGGGAGUGUUGCAUUCAAACAUCGGGAUGGAAUAGUCGAUCUCAAAGUCAAGCCAGAUAAUAAUACACAAACUGAAGCACUGACCCACAGUAAGCUUAUUAAUGCAAGAUAUUGUGACAAGUUUCCUGUGGUCAAGUGGAAAGAUGGCCAAGUAAUGCAUGUCCAGGUCACACCAGAGAUACACAGAAGAUAUGAAAGAAAGAUAAAUAUUUCUCUCAGAUCUUUUCAUCAAAGAAUUGACUGGUUGAAGCAGGGAAGUAGAGCUUUAUUUGGUACAGUUAUAGAGGACCAGAUCUAUGUACUGAUAGACACUUCGGCAUCAAUGUUACCCAGUAUUACAUUCGUGAAGGACAAACUCUUUAUAUUAAUGCAGGAACAAUUGAGACAUAAAAAGAAGUUCAAUAUGGUAGCAUUUAACUCCAAAGCAAUAACCUGGCAGAAUAGAAUGGUUGAUGUUACAGAGCAGUCUCUGAUUGGUGCUUGGAAAUGGAUCCAGAACUUGUCGUGCUGGGGUUCAACUAAUACCUACGCUGCCUUACAACAUGCCUUGUCUGACCCAGGAACACAGGCUAUAUAUCUUCUGACAGAUGGUAGACCUGAUCAGCCACCAAAGUCAAUCAUUGCUCAAGUACAGAUGCAGCACUGUGUUCCUGUUCAUGCUAUUUCCUUUAACUGUAAUGAUACAGAGGCUAACCAAUUCCUGUCUGAUUUGGCCCAGGCCACUGAUGGAAGAUACCAUUAUUUCUCUGAGAAAGGCAUUGAUGCAGACCAGCCAAAAUCUUGGGAGAGUGAAGACAUAAGACUUCUGAAGGAAGAAAUAAGAAGAGGCUUAGAACAUCUACAGAAGAUAGAGGAUCUCAGGGACGAAUGUUCUAAUCUAUCAUGGAAAAGUGGGGCAGAGAAUCUGAGGGAAAGCAGAUGCAGCAGGAAUCAUCCAAUGCCAAAAACUGACAGACCAUCAGCUGUUCCUGCUAUGGAUCCAUCGGAGAUCUUUCGUCCAGAUCCAUUGAGUAUACCACGCCCAAAGAGUUGUCCUCCCCCACGAGAGGACAGACAAACACCAUCACCACCACCUAGAUCAGCGUCCCCUCCUGCUCAGAAAUCAUCACUAAGGAUUCGUAGAUAUUCACGGCCAGUCAGUGCUAGAAAGUCAUCUCAGAAUCCACUAAGUGCUUCAAAAAAAGAAAUAUCAUCUCGUCCUCGCAGAAAAUCAGCUCACACUAGAACAAGUUUACUACGUACAAUGACAAGCACUGGAAGGUUUGAUCCUGAUGAAUGGCUACUGCCAGAAACCCGACAGUUGUUUGAGAAACAAGCCAAACACCAGCAACAGUUAGCUGAAGCUCUACAACGCUUUCAUCUUUCUCCGUAUGUUGUGGAACGUAGAAACGUUGAUCAAAAGAGAGAAAAUGCAAGGACAUUCAGAAAGAAAAGACUAGCAAGGGCCAAAGAAACAUCUUCAAAGAUUUGGUUGAGCAAGCAUGGACUAGUUGCAAAGAAACUGACUAUACUGGAUGCCCUAGCACCGACAUUUAUACCAAGAAGGGCUAAAUAUGUCCCUAUACUGGAUAGACAUGUACUAUCUAAGGUUUUUGAUGAUAUAUUACCAAUGGCCCAUGUAUCCAGCAGGAAACCACAUGUUACAUUAAUAAAUCCUUCAGCUGUUGAUUUACAUGGUUAUGAACAGAAAGUACACAAGGCUAUAGUAUCCUAUCAUAAACGUCUCAAUAAAAUUGUAUGGGAAGCUCUGCCUGAAGAAGAACGCAAAAAACUUGAUUCAGACAAACCUGUUCCAUUUGAGGAGAAUCGCAAUGAAUUACUGGAUGCAUUAGAUAAUGCCGGUUGGCCAAUCAAAGAAAAUGAUAUUAUAUUACUAGAAGAAGAAAUCACUAGAGCAAAUAACUUUCUACAGCAAUCAAAAGACCUUCGCCGAGCCUCAGACCCUCGACGAAAAGACAGUUACGAUAAUUUACUUGAGCGUGUUAUGGAUAUGGAUGACAAAGAUAAGUCAUCAAGUUCUAGCUCAAGUGACAGUGAAAGUGAUGACAGUCGUAGCGACCAUAGUGACAAGGGAAACAAGAGCGUCAGGAGUGAGAAAAGUGACAAGGGUGACAGAAGUGUUAGAAGUGACAAGAGCGACAAAGGAGACAGGAGUGUCAGAAGUGACAGAAGCAAGGACAGGAAAGAGGAUGACGAUCUAAAUGUCUAUGAUGAUAAAGCGAGUGUGGCCUCCAGCUUAACUGAUAAAAGUACACACGACUUUUUCGAGGUCAGUCACACUUACUGCCAGGCUCUUAUACGCAAAUUCCAUCACAAGAUAUACAUUUACAAAACUAUUGGCAAGAUGGAGAUGGAAGACAAAUUAGAAGGAUUUCAUCUUCAAAAUCAUUAUAAAGACUUCAUUCUGAAGUAUUAUGAUGAAAUGAACAGGAAUGGAAACGGGAAGAGGAAGAUAUUGAAAAACAAAUGUGAUUCAUCAGGGAGUUUGAGCAAUGUUAUGAAGUCACACCCUGAGAAGGUUUACGACAAUAAGAUGGAGAAGAUACAGUUUAAUCCAACUAUCAUCAGGAAAGUUUUAGACACAUUGAAAGGACAGAGUGUCAUCGCUAGGAAUGAUAAAGAUGGAUUUUACUACCCCGGGACAGUUGUUAGAUGUCCAGAUCCACGACAUGCUGUUAUACAGUUUGAGGACAAGGAAGAGAGAACAGUUCCCACCAGACUUGUUAUUGCAAUGAGUGGUGCUAUACCUAUGCCUUUGUUAAGGGCAGGUGAUUAUGUGUUAGUGAGAGUACAGUAUACCACUGAUAAGUCUGACUGUUAUGUUCCUGGUAUUGUACAAGUUAUACCUGCACGUGAGGAGGCCUCAAAUAAAUUCUACACAGUGGUCAUGUUCAAUGGACAACAGGCAACAACAACAAGGAACUUAUUGAUGAAGAUCAGUAAAUGUAGAUUUGAAUUUGCCUUAAGAUAUAUUGCCGAUAUACAGAAUGUGGACAGCAGAAAAUAUGAAGAUAAAGUGUAUGUCACUCCAAGAACACCAAGAACUCCACGACCUUCAGAUAAAGAGAAAAAAGUGAGGAAAGAAAAAAAGACAGUGAUUAAGAAAAAAGAAGAAAGACACAGAUCAAAAUCAUCAGACUCAUCAAGGUCUAGGUCACGAUCAUCAUCACGAUCAAGAUCGCCCUCUCGUUCACCAAAACAGUCCAGAUCCAGGUCUAGAUCAAGGUCAAGUUCUAGAUCAAGGUCACGAUCUAAAUCAAGAUCCAGAUCUGUGUCAUCUCGGUCAAGGUCUCGAACACCUGAAAAAAAAUUAAAGUCAAAAGACUCCUCAAAGAAAGAAAGAGAAAGGAGAUCUUCUAGCUCUAGUUCAGGGUCAAGGUCAGAAUCUAUUCAUCUGAGGCCAAAGUCAUCAAAAGUUAGGAAACCACCUAUAGAAAGGCCAGUUACUCCUGUAUUAGGACAACAUGAAGAAGAGGAAAGGGAAAGAAAAAGAAUUAAAGAAAAGAAGAGGAAGCAUAAAUUGAAAGUGUUGAGAAAACAAUUAUUAAAACAACAGGAGGAACAGGAACAGCAGCAAUUGGCCCUAAAGCAACAGAGAAAGAAAAUGAAGAAGAUGAAAAAGAGACUGAAAAAGAAGAAAAGACAUGAAAGUUCCUUUGAGACAGAUUCUGAUGAGGACAGCAGACAAGCAGACAGCAGACAAGGGGAGAAAGACAAGGUUCAUGAGAAAAUGCCAGGACUUUUGAUUCUAAGAAAAUCACUGCCACAUUUAAGAGAAGGAGAGGAGGUAUUAGCUAGAUGGUCAGAUGAAGGCUGGUAUUUCAGAGGUAUUGUUAGGGAGGAUUGUGGUGAUCGUAGUUAUAUUGUAGAGGAUGCCACUCAUCAAGUUGAGAAAAUCUGGAGAGAAGAUAUCAUAACAGACUAUGAUGAUGCUAAUCAAAUAUUACAGCCAAAGGAUCCAAUAGUUGCCUUACAUCCACUUUACAGCUUUAGUUAUGCCCCUGGAGUUAUUCUAGAAGUAUAUCACAACAUGUGGAUGAAGGUCAGAUUUUAUGAUGGAGAAGAAGCCAAGAUUCCAAGAGAGGAAGCAUUUAAACUGACAUCAGAAAAGUUUGAACAUGAUGUUAAUUUUAUCAUUGAAUGUGAGACUAGAUGGGUGGAGCAGGCUGUUGUAGCCCGUGAUGAUAGAUAUGGAACAUAUCAUUUAGCAUCAGUAAAGAAGAGAAAAGGAAAUGGCAGAGAAUAUCUCCUAGAAUGGUGUGAUGGAUCCCAGGCUGAGCAAAACUCCAUUCAUAUCUUUGGAGUGUACACCAAACAUCAUCGUCUGGCUGUAGGAGACCAUGUGUUGGCCAUGAUGGAUGAACAACAACACAUGUAUCUACCAGGAUGGAUAGCUGGUAUUGUGGGUGAUAAGAUCAACAUCAAGUUCUGUGAAGGAUCUAUAAAAGAUGUAGAUGACGUUCUCCAAUGUUUCUGGUUAAGUAAUGAUUACUAUGACAACGCAGUCCAGUUCUUCACAAAAUGUCAAGAAGUACAGUUAGAAAGUGAGGAUGCAACAACAAACAAAGAGGAAUUCUAACUUAUUUACAUUGAUAUUGUUAUUUUAAUAUUGUAAUGAAUAUGUAUGAAUUAUAUGCUUCAAACUGUAGUACUGUGAAAGUACUUUUAUUCGUGGGGUACCAAUUUUCGUGGUUUUCGUGGAUGAUGUUAUCCACGAAUUUAAGUGUCCAACGAAAUAAAACAAUCAUUGUCCAAAUCAAGACAUGGAAAGAUCCCCAUUGGUAGGUUUGACUAUAGUCCAAAUAAUUAUGACGUCUGGCAAG